ACUGGUUGUCCGCUCAGACGCUCCAUAGUUGUGUCCUUCAAGUGAUAGCGGCAGCAUGGCAAAUGCUGGUAGCAGGGUAUCUAUUGAAGGAGAAACUAUGCGAUAUGCUGAAUACAAUUCUCAAUCUAAAAUCAGGAGUGAAACAGAAAUCGACAAAAGACUUGGUGGUACUCUGAUAGCAGUUGGCCUUGGUGUUGCUGCUGCAGGCUUUGCAGGUCGUUAUGCCUUCCAGUUGUGGAAGCCUCUAGGACAAGUCCUGUCACAGACUGCUAAGAAGAUGCCCACCUCUGCCUUCUCAUCACACUACUAUAAAGGAGGGUUUGACCAGAAGAUGACUAAGCGAGAAGCCAGCCUCAUCCUUGGUAUCAGCCCGACCAGCACCAAGUCCAAGGUGAGAGAUGCCCACCGGAGGAUCAUGGUUCUCAACCACCCAGAUAAAGGUGGAUCUCCUUACAUGGCCGCCAAGAUCAACGAGGCCAAGGACCUACUGGAUAAAGACCAACGCCACUGAUUAAAAAAAACUACAGA